UGAGUAAAAAAAAAAAAAAAAAACUCCUUCCUCUGCAUUCCAAAAACACACGGGUAGUUACACUAAACUUGUGGUAUCUUGUUAGCUGUAUGAAAUUCCUUCCUCUACAUUCCAAAACCAAACCCCAUUAUCAAUGCCAUCUUCUUCCCUUUUCACAGUUGCCACCCCUUCAAACCUCAACUUCCCUUUCUCCUCCACCAGAAACCGCUCUCGUUUUGCUUCACUUGUCAGACCCAAAGCUGCAAAUGAUUACUACUCAACUUUGAAUCUUACCAACAAUGCUUCGUUGCAAGAAAUCAAGACCUCCUAUCGGAAAUUAGCGCGCAAGUAUCAUCCAGAUAUGAACAAAAGCCCAGGAGCAGAAGAGAAGUUCAAAGAGAUUAGUGCUGCCUACGAGGUUCUAUCAGAUGAUGAGAAAAGAUCUUUAUAUGAUCGCUUUGGUGAGUCAGGACUACAAGGAGAAAAUGGAGGACCGGCCAGUCCCUCAGGGGUUGAUCCUUCUGAUUUAUUUGAUGCAUACUUUGGUCGUUCGGAGGGACUGUUUAGCGAUGAAGGGGGUUUCAGCUUCACUAUGAGAAACAAUAGAAACCGUGGCCAUGAUAUUCGGUAUGACCUUCGUUUGAGCUUUGAAGAAUCUAUUUUUGGAGGAAAGAGAAAGAUCGAAGUUUCUUGUUAUGAGACAUGUAACAUUUGUGAUGGUACAGGAGCUAAAUCAACGAAUGACAUUAAAAAAUGCACAAAUUGUGGUGGCAAAGGAGGAGAGAAGAAAACUCAGAAAACACCGUUUGGAAUGAUGUCUCAGGUUUCUACCUGCUCCAAGUGUGGUGGUGUCGGUAUGAUAAUCAAAGAAAGCUGUCGAAAGUGUGAUGGCAGUGGUCGUGUGCAAGCUAAACGAAAAAUGGAAGUGACUGUUCCUCCUGGUGUCAAUGAUGGAGACACGAUGCAAAUUCGUGGUGAAGGGAAUUUUGAUAAGAGGAGGUGUUAUACUGGGGAUCUUUUUGUUGUCUUCCAUGUUGAUGAAAAACGAGGAAUUUGGAGAGAGGGUCUCCAUUUAUACUCAAAGAUUAACAUUGACUUCACAGAGGCAAUACUAGGGUCUGUUAAAAAGGUAGAAACCGUUGAAGGUUUCAGGGACCUUAAAAUUCCUUCAGGGAUUCAACAUGGACAUUCAGUAAAGUUAUCACGAUUGGGAGUCCCUGACAUGAAUAAACCAUCUAUUCGGGGCGAUCAUUACUUCGUUGUAAAUGUUCAUAUUCCUAAAGAUAUCAGUGGCAUGGAACGUGCACUUGUUGAGCAGUUAGCUUCACUGAGAGCAUCUAGGAGAGGUCAUUCAUUUUCUUCUGAUGACAGUGGGAUACCUAAAGGAAAAUUCAAUGAUUUCAUGUGGAGGGAUACAAAAAGUGAUGCCUCAAGCGAGGGAACUAAAACUUCAAAUUCUCUUUGGGGAUCAAUCAAGAACAUCCUAAGGAGAGGAAACUCUGAAGAAAAGUUUGCAUCAAUUAGCCAUGAUACAUCAACACUGCCGUUGAGAUUUGGCCACCAAAAUUAUUCAGUCUCACAUUCGAUUUUUGUUGUUCUAUUUAUAUGUUGGAUUUUUAAAUCUAUAGCAAAGUCUAAGCACUAGUUAUUUCAGAAAACAACCUAGUCCUUCAUUUAUACCAUAUAACACGGUGAAUUUUAUCGGAUAUGCUUGAUAAGAAAAGUGGAAAAUUGAAAAGGUUUUGGUUUUCACACCUUUAAGAUUGGUUGAAGAUGUUUUGGUGGCAAAUGGUGGAAAACAUACUUAGCUUAUAUUGAAGCUACAAGAGAUCAAAAUUGAGAGAGCCAUCACAUUCCAUUUUCAAGCAAGGGUUGGUAACAAUGAUUAUGUUCAUCCUUCAUUCUAUAACAAGAAACACAACCUUUAGCGGUGGUUUAUGUUGAAAUUGAAACAUGUUCCUGUAUUGUAUUUUUAAGAUUUUGAAGUUACAUUGAAACUUUGCUUUCGAGUUGGCAUGCUGCGAUAAUUCUUUACAUAUGUAAAUUUGCUUUGUAUAUGGACAGAAAAUUAUUGAAAAGUUUUCAAACUUCUUUUUUUU